UUCUUCUUCUACCCAUUUCCAGGGUUCUUUACUGCUGCAAAAUUGGAACUUUGGGGGUUUUCCCAGUUGGAGGACCAAAAGGACAACUUUGAUAUGUGCAGUCAAUCAAGAUGCCAAGCAAGCAGUAAAAGAUACUGUCCAGGUUGAUCUGCUCAAGGAUGACUCCAAACAAGUACAUGACAACAGUAUGGAAGUCUGGUCACAAUUUGCCAAGAGAGUUUCUGGUGAAUGGGAUGGAUUUGGUGCUGAUUUUAGCAAUGAAGGAGUUCUCGAAUACAAGUCCAUUCAGUUACUACCAACUGUUGGUUGUGAGGCUGAUGCUGCUACGCGUUACAGCAUAGAUGAAAGGAAAGUUGGAGGAGCUUAUACUGGAAUCACUGCCUUUGCUUACCAAUCCAGUGGUUCUUAUGUUGCCUUGUGGGACAAGAAAGAUGGCUUGUUAGAGUUGGAGUACUGCUUGAUUAGUCCACAAGAUUGUGAGUCUCGGGUUAGGAUCAUUCAGCACAUAAAUGUAUCAGAUAAUACAAAGAUGGUUCUGCAAAGUAUAAGAGUAUUUUGUGAGCAGUGGUAUGGACCAUUUAGAAAUGGUGACCAACUUGGAGGUUGUGCUAUCCGUGAUUCUGCAUUUGCUGCUACUUCUCCAUUGACUGCUUCAGAAGUUACUGGUGUCUGGCAGGGAUCUAAAGCUGUUGCAACUUUCGAUGAUUCGAACACUGGGAGCUUUCGGCCGCUUUUAGAUGAUCAAGUGUUGAACUCUGUCAGAGAUGGAGAUAACAACAUGUUACUUCCCAAGAAGAUCUGGUGUUCAUUGAGAGAAAGUAAUGAUGGUGGAACUUUGAGUGAAGUGGGAUGGAUCUCCGAUCAUGGCCGAGCAAUUACAUCAAGCUGCAUAUUCUCAAGCACUGCUAAGCUCAAGGAAAUCUCAUUGGCAUUAGAAACUAAAGCAGAAGAGAUAUAACCAUGGUGGUGAUCCAUUUUGGUUAAUAUGUUACAAAGUGGCAUUCAUUUUUAUAGACGACCAAUUUGUAGAAAGAAUUUGACUUUACUAUAUAAAAAGUAUACCAUGGGAUAGAU